AUGUCGUCUCCACGUGCUACACCGUCACAUGACACCUUCUCGAACGCUAAGCGGAGAAAGGUCCGCAAAGGCACCCACAGCUGUUGGGAAUGCAAGCGGAGGAAGAUGAAGUGCAUUUUCGAUCCGCAUAUUGCCAGUACUUCCUGCAAUGGAUGCAGACAGCGUGGCUCUCCAUGCAUCAGCCAGGAGUUUGUGGUGGACGACACCCAUAUUGCGCACAGUGGCAACGAUGGCGCGUCUCUCAACACCCCGAGGCCCAUUGCGACUCCUAGUGACGAUGGGAGAAGAGCCGACAGUAGCGUUCUCACACCUGUUUCAGUAGACUCUGAGCCUUCACGAUACUUCCCCUCUCGCAAGUCCUCAGAUCAAUCUUCUACGGUCAGGAGCAACAAUGAGGCAUCAACAUUUCAAAUGCAACAUGAGAGGCUUUCCAGGUAUCUGCAUGAGUCACUACCGUCACGGGAAGAUACGGAGCGCAUCUGCAAAGCCAGUCGUCACUCUUCCAUACUUGCCCACGAGCUCUUAACCAUGCCAUACGACACUCUCUUUCGAAACGGUCUCAAGACUCCUGAUAGCCUGCUUGCCAUCCCAGAAUCACAUGUACAUCCUGUUCUGAUCGCGAGGCACAUGCUCCAGCUUGCGACGUUCUUGCAGCACCUCCACCCCGAUCUUCACAAAGAAAUCAAAGUUCUUUCUGAGCCCCCACGCGUCAUCAUGGAACGUUUAGUUGAUAUCGCAAUCCACCACGUGACGACCAACGACCAGCUUUUGGGCAGUAUAGAAAGUCUUGAGUGUAUCAUGAUGGAGAGUUUGUACCAAGCAAACAUUGGAAACCUUCGAAGAAGCUGGGUCGCGGGCCGAAGAGCGAUGAGUAUCGCACAAUUGAUGGGUCUCCAUCGAUCCAACAGCCAAUCGCAGUACAAGGUACUUGAUCCUAAGACGGAGCAUUACCCACAACUGAUGUGGCUCCGCAUCGUCACCUUAGACCGACACCUGUGUCUUCUCCUGGGCAUACCGCAAGGAUGCACCGACCGCAACAUGGCCUCCGAAACUUGCCUUGCCAACGAUACCCCAAUGGGUCGUCUCGAGCGCAGGCACUGCGCACUGAUGUCUCGUAUUCUGGAGCGUAAUGAAUGCAGUCCCAGUGCUCAACAUCUUGCCAUCACCCGCGAAAUCGAUUUGGAGCUGCAAAAAGCCGCUCGUGGCCUCGCAAGCAAGUGGUGGCUGCCACCCAAGUUCAACACUGUCUCUGCCGAUCUACAAACUCAUUUUUGGGACAUGCGGCGUCUUCUUGCGCAGAUAUUCCACUACAACCUGCUUAUACAGCUGCAUCUGACAUACAUGUUGCGCGUGUCGUCUGCUGAGAGUAAACACGACUACUCGCGGAUGACGUGCGUAAAUGCGUCGCGUGAAGUCCUGUCGCGCUACAUCACACUGCGUAACUUCAACCGCAUCGCCUACAGCUGCCGUACCGUCGAUUUUAUUGCACUCAUGGCGGCUAUGGCGCUGCUUCUUGCACACUUGGACUGUCAUCGAGCUGGAGCGGAUAAUCCGCUCGCGCACCAAUAUUUGAGCGAUCGUGCCAUGAUCGAGCAAGUCCAGGAGAACAUGCAUGAGGUUAACAAACUAAAUUCUGACGCACUGAGUGCUCAGAGUGCAGAUUUGCUGAGGAAGUUACUGGCGAUAGAGAUAGAGGCCGGCGAUACACGAGUGAGCGUGAGUGGGGCGGGCAAUGAGGUUGUGCAACAAGAUGGUUCGACACGAGAAGAGGACGGCGUAGUCAGCGUUCAAAUUCCAUACUUUGGGAUUAUUCGCAUCGGACGAGAUACCUUGACCGAAAGCCAAGCUGCAGCGACUGCUACCAUGCAUGGGACAGCUCCGCUGCAGCUGGAUCGAUUCCUAGCCACCAACACCAACACCAACUCCGAUCCGAUACAUAUUGAUUCCCGAGUCCGUCUCCCCUCAUCAACACACUUGAGCUCCAUUUCCCAUCCUGACACGCCAUCCCCUGCUCUUUCUCUUAACAACAUCUCAUCUCAGACCACGCCCACGGCAACUCUUCCCGAUUCUUCGGCUGCUUUCACGCGCCAGCAACACCAACAGCAGCAACAAGAACACCAACAAUAUGGAGGAAACCUAGCCAAUCUCUCCGAAACGUAUUUUUCUUCGUCACUCGCCGCACCAUGGCAGGGUGAUUUUCCAGAGCUAGCUGCGGGAAGUGAGGACUGGGCGUUUCAAGGAGUGGACAUGGCGUUUUUCGAGAGCAUAAUGAGAAGUGACACAGAUCUUGGGCAAUGAUGAUCGAUCAUACCCGAAGAAUUGGCGUUAGAUGUUCUACAUGUUUGUGCAUAGUCGUUCAGGAAUUAGUUUGAUUAUCUUACCAACCCAAACAAUCUUUCUAUCAA